UCGGCCGUUUAUUUGACAUCUGUCAAAUGUCAUAACAAAUAGAAAUAACCUAGAAAUUAGAAUAGAGACUCUUAAUUUAUUUUAAAAUAUAUUUUUCUAAUGCUAAAUUUCGAUAAUUGCGGAAUCAGUUGAUUAGAAUGUUUGGAGAAAAAGUAAUAGAAUUAAUUAAAGAAGCAGAAAGAAAUCGCGGAACGCUCGAUCAAUUUAAUGAUGAGACGAUCCGUCAAAUUAUAGAGGAGAUGCAUGUACUGUUUAAACUAAAUAUGAAUGACGCGAAUUCAACAACUGAAAACAAAUCUCUUUGGACGACGGUCCAAGUUCGGCAUUCAGCUUUAGAAAGGAACAAGAGAUGUCUCUUAGCUUACCUCUACAACAGAAUGAACAAAAUAAAGACUCUCAGAUGGGAAUUUGGUUCUGUCCUACCUCCAGAUGUGAGGGAGCUUUUGUCUGAUGGAGAAUAUGACUGGUUCUCCAAAUACUCAACAAACCUUGCUACUUACAUGCGUUCUCUUGGCGAGGACAUCGGUUAUAAUGGUAUAGACCUCACAGAAAACCUCCGACCACCAAAGUCACUGUACAUUGAAGUGCUUUGUGUGACGGACCAUGGUAAAUUUGAACUAGAAGAUGGUGAUGUGAUUAUGUUAAAAAAGAAUACGAGACAUUUUUUACCAGCUUCGGAAUGUCAGACUCUUAUAAGGAAGGGAAUUUUACAACAAAUUGUUUGAUAUAAAUUGUACUUAUAUUGCUUGAAAGUUGUUUACUUUGUAAGUGUUUUAGAAAUUAAAAUGUUGUAUAGAUUU